AGAUAUUUUAUAAGUAUGUGGGACCCAACCACCAUGCCAAGUGAGAAAAUAGUGUGUGGAUGGGCUGAAGCACAAGGCUUCGUUUACCAGUCAUCUACAACUCUCAACAGUAAAAAUAUCCAUAACCGAAGACGAACUCAGUCACUGUGCUUCAUCCUCGACUACCUCCCUACGCUCUUGUUGGAAGUUGCAGGGAUGGCCACCGUUUUCCAUGGAAGCACUGCAAAUUCCAGCAUGUUAUGUGAAAGGGGUGCAAUUUCGUUAAUGGGUAUUUCAGCUCUUCCACUCCUCCAAACUAGGGUCAGAGUUUUUGAUGGUUUGGUUAAAGGAAAAUUAAUAACUCAGAGCUUGUAUAGAAAUGAAGAAUCCUCUUUCCAGGGAAGAGGAUACAAAAGCAUGAGGUCGAAAAGAGUAGUAUUUACCGUUCCCAGAUGUAGUGGUUCUUCAGACUCCAACAACAGUGAAAAUGACUCCUCUAAUAAGGCAAAGACACCUUUUGGAUACAAUAGAAAAGAUGUUAUACUGAUUGGGAUUGGAGUAACUGCUCUUGGAGUUGGCUUGAAAAGCGGAUUAGAGUUUGUUGGAGUUGAUCCUUUACAGGCAGGAAAUGUAGUUCAGUUGGUUCUGGUCUUAGGACUAACUAUUGGGUGGAUUUCAACAUAUAUCUUUAGAGUUUCAAAUAAGGAAAUGACUUAUGCUCAACAGCUACGCGAUUACGAAAGUAAAGUCAUGGAGAAGCGAUUAGAGGGCCUCACUGAAGCAGAACUAGAGGCAUUGCUCGAACAAGUUGAGGAAGAGAAACGCCUAGCUAGCGGUGAGCAAGUUAAAUGAAGUUCAAUUUCAAUUGGUCACAUAUAUACCUCAAUACUGUUGUUAGUCUUUGAAGCUCAAGUACCAUUGUAUAGAGUACUGACUGAAAAAAGAUGAUUAGAACUAAGAAAUAAUGUCAUAUUAAUGUAACAUAAUUUCUGGUAAAUUCACAGAUGCAAAUAACUGAGAAUAGUCAGAGAUCAUAUAUUAAGUUACAAGUUUCAAAA